AUGUCGACGCCUUCAAAGCGACGCAAGAAGAACGACGGGCAACCAGUCCGAGGACUCGAUUAUUUCUUCGGCAAACAAGCACAGGCGAAACAACAACCCAAGGAGACGAUACACCAAACGUCAGAAGCAGACUCGAAAAAUGAUAACCUCGAUCACGACGUUCUCUCAGACGAGGCCCUAGCUAGAAAGCUACAGGCAGAAUGGGACGAACAAGACAGAGCAUCACAAGCUCCAGCCUCUUCACCUUCCAAGUCAGCAACGACUACUGAAGCUACCAAGUCAGCACCAGCACUACCCGAAGAUGUCAAGCAAGAGGAGGAAGUCAAAGAAGAGACACCUACACCCGCUCCAGCACCUGUACUCGUGAACCCUUUCGCAGGACUAGGGAAGAAGAACACACUGUCGCUUCAAUCAGCCACCGCAGAUGACGACACCAUCACCUACGACAUCCCCUUCGAUCAAAGUCCCCUAGCCUUCGAUCCCCAGAAGUAUAUUCCAGAGCUGAAGAAGCAAUGGGUCACCGAUAAUGGCCACGCCACAUACGCUCUCCUUACCCACUGCUUCGUCAUGGUCAACAGCACACAAAGUCGCAUCAAGAUCGUCGAUACACUAGUAAACGCAUUGCGUGUCAUCAUAGAAGGUGAUCCCGAGAGUCUGUUGCCUGCUGUAUGGCUUGCAACAAAUUCAAUCUCACCACCAUAUAUCGACAUGGAACUUGGACUAGGAGGUUCUGCCAUCUCCAAGGCGUUGAAGAAAGUCUGUGGUUUGGAUAAUGCUGCUUUGAAGAAGUUGUCUGAUAAGUACGGCGAUGCUGGUGAUGUUGCCUUCGAAGCAAAGAAGCGACAGAGCUUGACAUUAAGGAAGCCUAAGCCUUUAACCAUCAAAGCUGUCUUCGACUCGUUGAUCAAAAUCUCUAUGGCCAAGGGCCAUGGUAGUGUCGAGACUAAACAACGACUCGUCGAAAGACUUGUUCAGGAUGCUAGAGGAGCAGAGGAGAGCAGAUAUGUUGUUCGUACUCUAGUGCAACAUCUUCGCAUCGGUGCAGUCAAGACGACUAUGCUUAUUGCGUUAUCAAGAGCCUUCUUGUUGUCAAAGCCACCUGGUGCAGAUUUCUCAACCCGCGAUAGACAUGAGCUGGCCAAACUAUCCAAGCAGCAACUGGUAGAAGUGUGGGCUCCUGCUGAGGAAAUUGUAAAAGCGUGUUUCGCUCGACGUCCCAACUAUAAUGACCUAGUACCCACCCUACUAGAGAUCGGUGUUACAGAAGAACUCCUUCUUCGCUGCGGUCUUGCCAUGCACAUCCCACUACGUCCUAUGCUGGGAGGCAUUACCAGGGAUUUGGGAGAAAUGCUGACGAAACUCACUGGUCGCGAGUUCACCUGCGAGUACAAAUACGAUGGCCAACGAGCACAAGUCCACUGUGAUUCAGCAGGCAAAGUUACAAUCUUCUCGCGCCAUCUUGAGGUGAUGACAGACAAAUACCCUGACCUCGUCGCUCUUGUCCCUAAAAUCCGCGGCGAAGGCGUGGACUCCUUUAUCCUCGAAGGCGAAGUUGUAGCCGUGGAUCGAGAAACCGGUGCACUACUUCCCUUCCAAACACUUUCUAACCGCGCAAGAAAGGACGUGGCCAUCUCCUCGGUAACAGUGGAUGUAUGUCUUUUCUCUUUUGAUCUGAUGUAUCUCAAUGGCGAGGGCUUGAUGGACAGACCUUUCCGUGAACGAAGGUCCUUGCUAAGAAGCUUAUUUGUCGAACUGCCUCAUCACUUCACAUGGGUGAAGAGUAUAGAUGCCACAUCAGCAGACGUGGAAACCAUAUCCGACUUUUACAAACAAGCAAUCAACGACAAAUGUGAAGGCUUUAUGGCAAAAGUGCUGGACAACCUUCCCAAUCCUGACCUUCUGGACGCUAAUGAAGAUGGAACACCAAAACCACCACCAACACCGUCGAAACGCAAACGCACUACAAAACGCAAACCGGGAGACCCACCUUCAUCGCCACCUCCCGAAGCUGAAGGUGCUACGGCAACGAAAAAGGGAGGACGAAGAAAAGCACUUCUAGCAACUUACGAACCAGACAAACGCCUCGACUCUUGGCUUAAAGUGAAGAAAGACUACGACUCGUCUGCUUCCGACACUAUCGAUCUCAUUCCCAUUGCAGCCUGGCAUGGCACAGGUCGAAAAUGCAACUGGUGGUCACCUAUUCUUCUCGCUUGCAGAAACCCUGAGACUGGCGGACUAGAAGCAGUAACGAAAUGCAUGGCCGGCUUCAGUGAUGCAUUCUACAAAGCCAACAGAGCAAAAUAUGAUCCAGAUGCCACACUAGACGAUGACGAAGAUGAAGAAGACGCAGACGACGAGCAAUCAAAGCCUAAAAACAAUACUUUAGGUGGCAAACCAGCGUAUGUGGAAUACAGCGGUGGACACCCCGAUGUCUGGUUCAACCCGCAAGAAGUCUGGGAAUGUGCUUUUGCGGAUGUGACACUCAGCCCCACGUACACCGCUGCUAUAGGCUUGGUAUCUGAGGAAAGAGGGUUGUCAUUGCGCUUCCCUCGGUUUUUGAAGGUUAGAGAGGAUAAGAGUAUUGAUGAGGCUAGUACGAGUGAUUUCUUGGCUGAGUUGUAUAGGAAGCAAGAAGCUAGAGAUCCCCGGUAUGGUGGCUUUGAAGCCAAUACGACAGCCAACCAACUGAUACAGUCGUCGACCUGGACCAAGGCUUCACGCAAGGGAGAAUCACUUCGAGAAAUGAAAACCCGUCAGUGUCAUUGGUUAUAA